AUGGUUUUCUCAACUCAGGGACCAGUGUCGUUCACAAAGACGACGCUGUCAUACCCAGUGUAUGCCGCCGAGUUUGACCCCUACAACCGUGGCUUUCUUGUUGUGGGCGGCGGCGGUGGUCAAGGUCGCAGUGGUACGCUACUGGACGCGAGCAAACGCGCAGCUCUCGAUACGACGGCCGAAAUCGAGCUCUCGAGCGAAGAAGACUCCAUCACAUCGCUGGCCACUCUGGCUUCUAAGGACGGUCUCAUCACAUUAGCUGGCAUCAAUUCUUCAGAGGCCGAUCAGAAAGCCGGCAAGAACGAACAUUUGCGUACGUUCGACAUCAGGUACCCCAAGAAGAAGCAGGCCUCGGAAGAGAAGCAAGACGGCGAAGCUCAAGAUGGAUCCAUCUCGUUUGUUGGAAAGGCAUCACUCUUCCAACCAGCAACAGGCCCAAAGCCAGAAACAUACCAGCGUGUCUUGCGACUCUCACCAACCUACAAGCGCGACUCGCCAAACAAGCGCAUCGGAGCCGUCGCAACUGGACUAGCCAAGCGUUCCGAGAUUGUUGUCUUCGAUGCCACAAAAACACCUACAACCGAUGCUGAGAUCAUUGCUCGUAUUCCUAUGCGCGACAAUGCCGAAGCUGCCGAUUUGGACAUCACUGAGCUGGAGACCAACACCUUUUCCAUCACCUGGGCUACCGACUACGACGUCUACGAGCAGACGGUCAUGUACAACUUCGACACAAAGAAAGCCUCCUUCUCUCCUGCAAACCCAAGGAAAGUUUACUCGAUUCCUAAGCGUGAGGAUGCUAGCAAGCCUGCGCGUCCCAAGUACCGUGCUAUCAGAUGGUUGAGCAAUGAAGAUGUGUUGCUCUUGAGUAAUCUACCUAACCGCACUGGUGCCGAGCUGAGCAUUGUUCAUCUUUAUCCAUCUGGUCCGGCGUUGAUGGUCAAGAACAAGGUUUUGCCCGGUCAUGUCAAGCAGGCUGUUGGUCUCGAUGUCUGCAGUUUGGAUUCGGAUAAGGCUGGAAACAAGCAAGUCGUUGUUGCCAUCGCCAGCCACGACAUUUCAAUUCCUAUCUACACUCUGGACUACAACGCCAACACUCACACCUUCGCCAAGUUCAAGCGCUUCACCACUCUCAAUGACGUACAUCCGCUACAAAUGACCUGCCUCCGCUUCUCACCCUUCCACAGCCCUGUUCGCGCUCCUCCACCCGAGACGGACAAACAGGGCAAUGCCCUGCCCGCCAAAAACCCCGUUCACCCCGGUCCACAAUACAUCAAGCUUUGCAGCACUAGUAUGGGCAAUACCGUCGUUGUAGACACUUUCGCUCUUCUCCCUUCACAGCCUGCAGACCGCCUGAGCCGUUAUGUUCUCCUACACCCAUCCGAUGAGCUUCGCCAACGUACAACCUACGGCGUCCUCAUUGGCUUCGCCGUCUUGAUUUUCGCAGUCUUGCUCCAGUCUAUGUACUCUACCGAUCCUUAUGCUCCUGGUCUCGCCGACUUCAUUCCUCUACCAGCAUCAUGGCAACGCACUCUUGCGCAUCCUGCAAACAUUGCUGAUAGUAUGGCAGCUUCCUCCGUCAUGGAUGCUCCACGAGUCAAAAUCGCCGAUCUGAUCAACAUGAACUUUGCACUCCCCGGCGGCUCAAACCCUGAAGACAAAGCCGUCAUCGUUCGUGACGAAGGCGAAGGCAAGAACCUCGCACUUAGUAUGUGGGACAAAAAGGAGUAUUUGAAGCAAGAUGAAAAAGCCAAACAUUGGCAUGAGUUGAAUGAUGAAGAGCAACAUGUUUGGAGGAAGAGAUUGGUUGAUGCUGGACAUUGGACUGUUGAAGAAGGUGAGACUAUUCUCAAGGGAGUUUUGUUUAGUAGUUGGGCUGGGUUCGUGGGGAGGGUUGCUGGGGAGGCUAUGAGAGAGUUGUGA